AUAAAGAGGCGCGUUUCCAGGAUUGUGUAACAUCUUCAGGAGUGCAAAGGCCUAUUUCCUGUGUGAGAAUGCCAGAAGGUCCUGAGCUGCAUUUAGCAAGCCUGUUUGUCAACAGGAUGUGUGAAGGGGUUGUGUUUACUGGAGCCGUAGAGAAAUCUGAAGUAAAUAAAAAUCCUGAGGUCCCAUUUUGUUGUGACGCCUACUGCAUCAAAGCACAGUCCAGAGGAAAAGAAGUCAGACUUACACUCACGCCCAUUAAAAAUGACGCAAGCAGUAAACGAAAGAUUGAUGAACGGCAGUCCCAGCAGCCAAUGAAUGUGGUUUUUCGAUUUGGGAUGUCAGGAUUUUUCCGCUUCACUUCAGUAGACGAACUUCCGAAACAUGCCCACCUGCGGUUCUACACUAAUGAGACUCCACACAGGGUUCUGAGCUUUGAGGAUACCCGCAGAUUUGGCAGUUGGCAACCAAAUGGGAGCUGGCAAAAAAACAGAGGCCCUUGCAUCAUGUUUGAGUAUGAGAGCUUCAGGGAGAAUGUUCUUUCUAAUCUAUCUGACAAGGCAUUUGACAAACCCAUCUGUGAAGCUCUCCUAAAUCAGAAGUAUUUCAAUGGAAUUGGGAACUAUCUUCGAGCAGAGAUCUUGUUCAGAUUACAAAUCCCUCCAUUUGAGAAGGCACGAACAGUUCUAGAAGGACUUGAGCUGAAAGACGAAGAUAAAAAGAAGGUCAAAAAGGAGAUUUCAGUUGCAGAGACUACAGACACAACUGCGAAGAAGGAGAUUAAGACUGAGACCCCAGACCUCCUUUCGUUAUGUCACACUGUUCCUUGGGAAGUAGUGAAUUUGGGAGGAAAGGGUUAUGCCCCUGCAAAGGGGGAGUAUUCUGUUCUACAGGCCUGGAUGAGGUGUUACUCUGUGGAUGGAAUGAACUCAUUAAAUGACCACAAUGGACGGACAAUUUGGUUCAAAGGAGAUCCUGGUCCUUUGGUGCCUAAAGGUGCCAAAUCCCGCAGAAUUGUGUGGAAAACACAGAAAGGUGGUCAUGAUUACACUGAUUCAAAGAAAGCCAAAAGGACACAAACUGACAGCAUUAAAAAAGAAAAGUCAGACAAGAAAAUGGGCAACAUAAAAGUACAGAGAAAAAAAGAAAGCUCCACAAAAAGUGGAUUAAAAAGGCAGGAGAAAGUCACAAGAAUUUCCAAGUCAGAACCUGCAGACAAGAAGAAAAAGCCGAACGAAGGAGAAAAGAGAAAGUCUCAGAAAGUUCCUGUAAAGACUGGAAGUAACAGAAUAAAAGGCAGAUGUGUAAAGGAAGUGAAUAAAAAGAAUUCUACCACCUGCAGGAAAAGCAAAACAAAAGCAAAAUCACAAAGUCGUGACACAAAAUGAUGCUGUUCCAGAUGAUGUGACUCAACAAUCAGAAUACUUUUCAAAAAGAAGCUAAAUCUGCAAACUACUGUAAUGUACCACCCAGUCCUUUUAUUUUGAAAACAAUAAAAAAAAAGAAAAUCUA